CCUUCCCACAUUUCUUUCUGAGAGUUAUUUUUAUUACCUCUGUGCUUUUUUCCCUUUGAACGGAUCUGCUGACAGUUCAGACUCCGUCAAAGCAAGCUUGCUUUUGUAUAUUUUGGAAUAAGAGAUCUACAGCAUGCAAAAUGUUUUUCCCUUGUCUUCGUUUCACUUCUGAGUUCCUUGGAUCUGAUUCUUAGUAGGCGGGUUAUCUUACAUAAACAGCAUCGGCAUCCUCCACAUCUCCUCUAAGCAGAGGGGUCUCAGCAAAGGCACAUGGCAAUGAGAGCUCCCGGCUUAUUCCUUUUCAUCUUAGCAGCAUGCUUCAUGCCUCCAACUGAAGAGCAAGGCCAGAUAAAGUCUAUGCGAUGUGACCGGAAAGUUAAGUUUACGCAACAAGUACCUUGUACUUCCUGCGCUUUAGUGGACAAAGUACGGUGCCCCCGUGGGUGGCUAAGAUCAGCUCCAUAUAAAGAGAAGUGCAGAUAUACAGUAAAGUUGGCUGAGAACACCCUUUCACUAGAAGGUUGCACCCAAACAUGUACGAAAGAAAUUGAAGAGAAACAUUGCUGUGCUGGAUACUGGGGUUUUGAAUGCUAUGAAUGCCCUGGUGGCGCUCAAAAUGUAUGCAGUGGCCAUGGGGUCUGUCUCGAUGACAUGGCACAGAAUGGAACCUGCAUCUGUAAGGAGAAUUAUGGUGGCUAUGCAUGCCAAGAAUGCAAAGAUGAGAAUCAUUUUGGGCCUGAUUGUCAAUCCGUGUGCGAAUGCCAGCAUGGGAUCUGUAGCCAUGGACCAUCGGGGGACGGAAGCUGUACUUGCUUUGCCGGCUACACUGGACCAAAGUGCGACCAAGAACUUCUUGUUUGUGGAUCUGUAAUCUGUGAAGACAACUCUCUUUGUGUAGUGAAGGAUGGACAGGCAAGGUGUGAAUGUAUGCCAGGAUACAUGAAAAGUGGAACUCACUGUCAAGCUCAGGAUCCCUGCCGCACAUCCCCGUGUUCCUCACAGGCAGUUUGCAAGAGCCUUGGGCCCACCAAAUAUGGAUGCACUUGCCAAGAGGGCUACCAAGGGGACGGGAGAGUUUGCCAAGCCAUCAAUCCCUGUCUCUUUAAUAAUGGAGGCUGCCCUGAAAAUUCCACCAUAUGCAGGUUCGAAAGCCCAGGAAAGUCACAGUGCGUGUGUAAACCUGGGAUGUUUCGGAACAGAUUAAGUACAGAAUUGGAUUGUUUGUCCAGUUCCAAUGGAUGUAGACUGCACUCCUGUCACAGAAGUUCAACAUGUGAAAUGGGCCCUGAUGGGAUGCCCAGAUGCGUCUGUCAAGAUGGAGAGAUUGGAGACGGCACCUCCUGCUUUGGAACCAUCUUGAAGCAAAUCUCUUGGCUGGAUAUGCAAGGACCGCUUUAUGGAUCACUGAAAACUGCAAAGAGCAUGUUUGAGUUGGGUUGCUCAGUACUUCUUGAGAACUAUGGGCCUGUUACAGUGUUUGUGCCAUCCCUUGCUCGCUAUCUUGAUAGACUUAUAUUCAAUGUUUCAUAUGCACAAAAUUUAUGCAAAAUGCACAUAGUACCUGGGCAGCAUUUGUGGAAUGAUAUGACCAAAAUCAAGGAACUGUGGACAUUGUCUGGACAUAAAAUAACAUUCAGCGAUGAGAGAGUACGACCUAGCAGUUUCAGAUAUUCGGAUAUCCCAGGAGAGCAAUAUGCCCUGAAACAGUCAAACCUCCCUGCUGUUAAUGGCAUUAUACAUGUUGUCAACAACUUCAGGAAAAAACCCACAGAAGAUCUUGGAAAUUCCCAGAAAACAGUUGCAGAAAUUAUUGCAUCAAUGGAGAUUGCCAGCCGAUUUGAAACCAUUUUGGAAAAUUGUGGUCUGCCCUCAAUUUUGGAUGGCCCUGGACCUUUCACGGUGUUUGUACCAAGUAAUGAAGCUGUGGAUAAAUUACGAGAUGGAAGGCUAAUUUAUCUCUUCACAGAGGGAAUAAACAAGCUUCAGGAACUUGUGAAACAUCAUAUCUACACAACAGCAGCGGUACAAGUGGAAAGACUGAUAGCGAUGCCUCAGAUUCUGACUAUGGCAAAUCAGAUCCUGAAAAUCCGCAUCAGUGAGGAUGGAAGAAUUCUGCUGGGUGAUUCAGAGGUUGCAAUGAAAAAACGGGACAUCUUAGCAUCAAAUGGUGUCAUUCACAUCUUGGAUGGCAUAUUCAUCCCCCCAUCGAUAGUCCCAAUUUUGCCACACAGGUGCAAUGAACAGACUUACAAAAUUAUAGCGGGAUCUUGUGUGGACUGUGAUGCCCUUAACACAAGUGUUUGCCCACCUGUCAGCCAAGUUAUGGCCCAUGGGAUCUUUCCAAAGGAUCACGAGGACUGUGUUUAUAUCCAUGAUCCCUUAGGUUUGAACAUGCUGAAGAAAGGUUGUAGCAAGAAAUGCAACCAAACUAUUACGACACCUGGUUGCUGUAAAGGCUUCUUUGGUCUCUCCUGCAAUCCAUGUCCUGGUGGAUUUACCAAUCCGUGUUAUGGCAGAGGAACGUGUUCUGAUGGGAUUCGAGGGACUGGUCAGUGUCUCUGCUCUAAAGCCUUCAAAGGAGUUGCCUGCCACAUCUGCACAAACCCAAACAAACAUGGGGAGAACUGUGACGAAGAUUGCAGCUGUGUCCAUGGGAUCUGUGACAACAGACCAGGAAGCCAGGGAGUGUGCCAGGUUGGAACAUGUAAGGCUGGAUACACAGGGCAGCUCUGCGAUAGAAGCAAUCAGACCUGCGGCUCUUCUGGUGCCUCCUUGUCCUGCCACCUGAAUGCAGUCUGCACCUUGGAGGGCACUGCCAGUGCAAGGUGCAUCUGUGUCGAUGGAUAUGAAGGGGAUGGGAUUUCCUGCAAGCCCAUUGAUGCCUGCAGCAAGCCAGAACGGGGAGGAUGUUCAGAAAAUGCCGUGUGUACCAGUACAGGACCUGGCACAGCAACUUGCCAGUGUAACAGAGGUUGGACUGGGGAUGGAAAGGGCUGUGUUGCCAUAGAUAACUGUGUUCUGGAAACCAGAGGAGGCUGCCACAUUAAUGCUGACUGUAACUACAUUGGACCUGGACAGAGCAGUUGUAUGUGCAAGAGAGGUUAUGAAGGGGAUGGUUACAGCUGUGACCCCGUUGAGCCUUGCUCAACGAAUAAUGGUGGCUGCCACGAAUUGGCUGUGUGUCAGACUCUCAGUACUGGAGAGAAGGCUUGCCGGUGCUCUGAAGGAUACAUGGGAGAUGGUGUUCUCUGUUACGGAGAUGUAAUGAAGGAAUUAGCAAGGAACUACCACUUUUCUAUGUUCUUUGAGUGGAUUAAGAAAUCUCUCUUCAGCAUCCCAGAAGGAGGCAAUGUCACUGUUCUAGUGCCACAGAAAGAAGCCAUUCAAAAUCUGAGUGUAGCUGAAAAGGAUUUCUGGCUGAAACCCGACACACUAUCAUCUCUAGUCAGGUCCCACUUCCUUCAGGGUUCUUUAACUACCGAGGAACUCCAGAAUUAUGUGGGCAAAGAGAUAGCUACCCUCAAUCCACGUGCCAAAUGGAUGAUAAACAAUAGCAGUGGGGCUAUUACAAUCCAGAAUGCAAGCAUUAUAUUGGGUGACAUCCCUGCUAUCAACAGCACUAUUUAUAUCAUUGAUAAGGUUUUAUUACCAUCUGUUGAUAUUCCACCAAGUGCUCCAGAUCUUCAGCAGCAACUUAGCACCAUUCCUUCCUUCAGUAGGUUCAAAGAGCUGCUAGAGCAAUACCAGUUGAUUAGACCGAUUGAGUCAGCUGAAAAAUACACUAUUUUUGUCCCAGGAAAUAGUUCAAUUGAGAAAUAUUGCCAGGCUUCUAAUAUUACAAAAUUGGAUAAUGACACCGUACAGUAUCAUGUCAUACUUGGAGAUAAAUUGUUACCCGAAAACCUGAAAAGUGGAGUUCACAAAAGCACCAUGUUGGGAAUGUCCUACUGGCUGAUGUUUUACAAGAACAACACUGAGACAUAUGUAAACAAGGUCCUCUUGAAUGGCCAGUUGGUUGAAACAAGAAAUGGAAUGUUGAUUGGGGUUUCUCAAGUUCUACAAAUUCAGAAAAAUCGGUGUAAUACAAAUAUGACAACAAUACAAAAGUCAAGGUGUGCUAAGUGUGACAGAAAGAUCAAGUGCCCAGCAGGAUCAGUGCUUGCAGAGGAACCAGGGAAAGGGAAUCUUCCUCACUGUCUGUACAAGUCUGGAUCUACGAGACAAGUUGGCUGUCACUUCACUUGUGUCAAAGUUUCCCUUGUCUCUGUCUGCUGCCCAGGCUACUAUGGCCACAUGUGUGAGAUGUGCCCAGGAGAACCGGGCCACUGGUGUUCUGGAAACGGGUUGUGUCAGGAUGGGCUGGAUGGCAACGGAGAAUGCCAGUGCCAAGAAGGUUACCACGGCACUGCCUGCGAGAUGUGUCAGCCAGGGAGAUACGGAGCCAACUGCACAUUAGAGUGCAGUUGCAAGCAUGGGAAAUGUAAGGAUGGGUUGCUGGGUGAUGGAAGCUGCGUUUGCAACCCUGGCUUCCAAGGAACCCAGUGUGAUCAAGAAAUUACAACUCAUCUGUGUAAUCACACCUGUGAUGAACAUGCCAAUUGCAUCAAGGACUCUGCUGUAUCCCAACCCACUUGCUUCUGUUCUGCAGGAUAUACUGGGAAUGGAACUUAUUGUACAGAAAUAGAUCCCUGUGCAGUGGGAAAUGGUGGCUGCUCUCCCCACGCCAGUUGUAAUAAGGUUGGACCUGGAGAAAGAACCUGCACUUGUCAAGAUGGUUAUGCUGGAGAUGGAACUGUGUGCCGAGAAAUUGAUCGGUGUCUAGAGAAUAAUGGAGGAUGUCAUCAAAAUGCAGAAUGUAUUAAAACAGGUCCGGGUUUGGUCUCCUGUCACUGCAUUCCUUAUUAUAGUGGCAAUGGUACAGAAUGUGAACGCAUUAAUCUUUGCAAGGACAAUGGAGGCUGCAGUCCACUGGCUUACUGUCUUGAAACCCAUUACGGGAGUCGUAUCUGCAUGUGUAUGCAGGGUGAAGGUGAUGGAAUUACAUGCAGAAGGUCUAUCUGGAAGGAGCUUUCUGAAACAGAAGGUGCAUCAACAUUACAUUCAUAUAUGAAGAUCUAUAAUAUAAAUACCGACAUAACGGGGUACAGAUCAAACACCAUUUUUGUCCCCAGGACUGACUACCUGCAGAACAGCACUACAUUUUCAGAAUGGGAAAAGAAAGGUGCCAUCCAAGAUUUGCUUCGCUAUCACAUGGUCGGCUGCCAGCAGCUACAGUCUUCUGACCUAGAGUCACAAAAUUCAAUUACAGCUUUAUCUGGACACAAAAUAAAGAUUUCUGUGAAAGAGAACAGUGUGUACUUAAAUGAUGACGCAAAGAUAAUUGAAAGCGAUGUGAGUGCAUUGAAUGGAAUCAUACAUUACAUUGACAAGAUCUUAAUCCCGUACGAUCUGCAGAAUCGGAGCAUUCCAUUCAAUAUAUCACAGAAAUCCAUCACAGAGGUUGCAGAGGCUUAUGGAUACAAAAUGUACAGUAAACUUAUAACGGAGACAGGGCUUCUUAAUGAGGUGAACAACAUCUUUCAUCAGCCCUUCACCAUGUUGUGGCCUACGGAUGCUGCAUUUAAUUCCCUUCCUACCGAGAUGAAGAUGUGGCUGUAUCACAAAGAGCACCAGAGCAAGCUGGUUGCUUAUCUUAAAGGGCACAUGAUCAGGGAUAGAAAGAUGUUAGCUUCCACAAUAACAGGAUCAACUUUUUUGAGGACUCUGCAUGGCUCAACCAUCUCAUUUAGCUGCAGCAGAACAGACUUAGGUGAUAUUUUGGUGGAUAAUAGCAAUGCAAAGAUUGUGCAGAGGUAUAUACAGUUUGAUGUGGGCAUUGCUUAUGGUAUUGAUAAGCUUCUGGAACCUCCGGACUUGGGAGCCCGUUGUGAUGCAUUUCAUACUUCUGAGGUUUCCAACUCUAUGUGUGGACCCUGUGGUGCUGAACAUUCUUGUCCUUUGGGAUCGUUUGAACUGGGGGAAACCCAGAGUUGUUUGUAUACUGAAAAUAUACUGUCUUCAGGGAUUGAGUCCUCACAUUAUAAAUAUCAGACGUACAGAUGGAGGCCUGCAAGAAGGAAUGUGGUGAAGGGAUGCAAGAGAACAUGCUUUGCCAUUAAAUGGGCACCCCGAUGCUGUGCAAACCAUUAUGGGAGAGAUUGCCAAGUGUGUCCUGGAGGGCUUGAGGCCCCCUGCAAUAAUCGUGGUACAUGUGACGACGGGCAGAUGGGCACCGGUCACUGCAACUGCAGCGCAGCUUUCAUUGGAACGGCUUGUGAGCACUGCAGCCCAGGACGCUAUGGGCCCGAGUGCAAAGAAUGCAAUUGUACAGAGAAUGGGAUAUGCAAUGAAGGACUUCAUGGAGAUGGUUUCUGCUUCUGCUCAGCUGGAUGGAUAGGAGAACGCUGUGAAAUUGAACUAGCUGCGAUGCCUCAGUGUUCUCCAACCUGUCAUGCUAAUGCUGUUUGUCGAGCAAAUAAUACAUGUGAAUGCAAAUUGUACUACGAGGGAGAUGGAAUCACAUGCUCAGUGAUCGACCAGUGUGGGGAGGACAAUGGUGGCUGCAGUGACUAUGCCAACUGCACACAGAUUGGGAUUGAUGUUUCAUGCAGCUGCUUAUCAGACUAUGAAGGAGAUGGCUACGUCUGCAGCCCUAUCGACAAGUGUGCAGAUGGAAAUAAUGGAGACUGCAGUGAGCAUGCCACUUGUAUCAGCACUGGUCCCAAUUCCCGGCGGUGUGAGUGCAAAUCGGGUUACGUUGGCAACGGAGUCCAGUGCUUAGAGGAAGCCACCCCUCCCAUUGAUCGUUGCCUGGAAGAGAAUGGGCAGUGCCACGCUGAAGCUGUCUGUACUGACCUGCAUUUCCAAGAUAAAACAGUUGGUGUCUUCCACCUGCAGUCUCCUAAAGGAAAAUACAGCUUCACCUACCAAGAUGCUGAAGCCAGCUGUGGGGCCGAGGGGGCCACGGUGGCCACUCUUCAACAGCUUUCGGCUGCUCAGCAGAUGGGUUUCCAUCUGUGCAUAGUAGGUUGGCUUCAUAACAGAACCGCAGGCUACCCAACUGUGUACCCAAGUAAGAAGUGUGGCGGGCAUCGUGUGGGAAUUGUGAGUUAUGGUUAUCGAAAUAACAUCAGUGAGCAAUGGGAUGCUUACUGCUACAGAGCUCAAGAUGUGCGUUGUAGUUGUAAAGAAGGGUUCAUUGGAGACGGCUAUACUUGCAUUGGAAAUGUUUUGACAGUGCUGGGCCAGUUUGCAAACUUCUCACUCUACUAUAAUCUGUUAUUGGAUCAUGCCAAUUCCACCCAGGAUGGAGCAGACUUUUUAGAUUUCCUGUCUACAGACACCACUUACAAAACCCUUUUCAUACCUUUGAACUCUGGCUUCAAGGAAAAUAUGUCUUUAACACUGAAUGACUUGAAGCUUCAUGCAUCUGUGAGUGAUGUAUUCUUCUGGAGCGUCAAUCUCACAGUUGGCACUGUUAUACCUUCCCAAGCAGGAUUUAACCUUUCCAUCACAGAUUCUGGGAAUAACACACAGUACCCCGAUUUGAAGAUGAUAAACAAUACAGUGAUCGUUAAAUGGGAUAUUAUGGCCUCCAAUGGGAUUAUUCACGCUAUCCAGACACCUUUGAAGGUACCUCUUCAACGUCGGCUGCCUGAGCAGGCUACGGAUCAUGUAAAAUCAUCUGCUGCUGUGACAAUCGGUGUGAGCAUUGUUGCUGUAAUAGUGCUAUGUGUGGCUAUUGCUGGAGUGACCUACUAUUGCCUCAAAAGAAUGAACCAGAGAUUCCAGUUUCGCUAUUUUAAGGCUGAGCUGGAGGAUGAAGAGCCUUCUUGGGAGGAAAGGAGCCCACACUUGGUUUCCAUUCCAAAUCCCAUUUAUGGGGCAGACAGCUCAAUCUAUGAGCCAUUUGAGGAUUCUCUCCAAGGAGAAGACCUUUCAGAUGCUCACAGAAUUCUUGGCCACUACUAAGGGGUUCAGAGCAGCACUGUAAGCAGGAAACGCUGUUCCAGAAGCUGGGCUGUGCAGAAGGAACUGACCGUAAUCUUGCAUCUUACAGACUGCUAAGAUGUCUUCAUUUCCCAUGCAAUUGAGAGAAAUUGACAAGUGGUUUUUGGAUUAAUUGGAAGAAGUUAAGGUUACCUCAGUUCCAUUCUCUUGUUAAUGUCAUGGAUAGGGGCUCAGGAUCCAAAGAGCCUUUUGCACUUGCAUACACAUGGGGUCUUCUGCAUUUCUCUACUCUUAAUGCAGGCCCCUCGUAUGUGUUUGGGAGGCCAGACCUUCAGAAAUGUCUUUUUGGGUAAAGUUGCAAUAGGAAGGGAAGGGCCUGAAAAGUCACGUUUUAUGCACAGGAUGCUUAGGGAGUAUCCUGACUCAGGAAUGUGUUUGGUCAGUGGGGAAUAGUCAGUGGGCUAAUACAACCUUAAAUUCAGGGAUGAAAAGUUUUGUAACUUUACUCUGAAACUGCACUACUGAGCCUUCUGUUUAUAUUUUUAGUAUGUUACUUUAAAUAAAUGAAAUAAUUAGGCUUUCUGAAAUCAUAGUGGUUCCUGGUUUGUAAUCUUACUGAAUUAUAUGUACUGAGAACGUCAAAUGUUUGCAAAAAAAUAAAAAAUAAAGGUCGAGCAAGUCUUGCCAAUCUGAAUUAAA